CUCAGGUGGGCGGUGGCGUCGCACAGGCGAACAGCGGGGCGGUGCGGAGGAGGACGACCUCGGCGUCGUCGCCCACAUAACUCACUUUAUCGUGCUGCUUGACGGGGGCGGAAAAUGGGCUGCUGCUACUCCAAACAAUCCAAAAGGAAGUCGGCUGGAAAAGAGCCGGCGGCCGAGAGUAGCACCAGCAACAACAACGCGACGGGCGAUGGCACCGGAGAGGCACCGAAGCAGUACAGCUGGGACAAGCGUGACAAGGUGGACCCUAAGGACUACAUGCUGGUGGGGGUGAAGGAUUCCACAGUGGGGCGCCUGCCUGGCAUGCUGAACGGUCAGCAGUUCGUCAUCCAGGACUGCGAGAACUGCAACAUCUUGGUCCUCGACCACUCGGCCGCCAUCACCGUGGACGACUGCACAAACUGCCGUCUGGUGCUGGGCCCGGUGAAGGGCAGCGUGUUCCUGCGUGAUUGUAGGGAUGUCCAGUGCGUGGUGGCCUGCCAACAGUUCCGAACACGCGACUGCAAGAAGAUGGACGUCUUCCUGUGCUGCGCCACCCAGCCCAUCAUCGAGUCUUCAACCGGCAUGAAGUUUGGUUGCUUCCAGUACUAUUACCCUGAACUGGCUUUCCACUUCAAGGAUGCUGGCCUCAGCAUCUUCAACAACAACUGGAGCAACAUCCACGACUUCACGCCCGUCUCUGGGGAGACCAACUGGAGCCUCUUGCCCGAAGACGCCAUGGUCCUUGACUACGUGCCAGCGCCAGAUGCCGAUUCGGAGUUCCGAUCUGUAAGGGUCUCCAGCGAUGCCAGUAAGAGCAUCGUACCCCUGACGCAUGGGGCAAGACGAAAGGAGAGUGAGGAGUCCUGCCUGUUCAUGUUCUUCGCCGGGGAUUACACCAUCGCCAACGCACGCAAGCUCAUCGACGAGGUAACUGAAAGGAGCUUUGUUCUGAUCCAAACCAAGGAAGUCUCGAUGCGUCCUGAAGAUGUCAGCAGAGUAUUCCAGAACAGCGCAGAAGGUCUCGCGGAGCUGAUAACCAAAGGUCCGGUUGUCGCUCUGGAGUUAAAUGGAGAUGGGGUGGUUGAGGCUUGCCGGGCCAUCGCCAAGGAGGUGUUCAGCGGAACCAAGGUGUUUGUUUCGGAAAGCGAAACUACAUCUUCGAGGGACGUGGACAACUUCUUCAACUUCGCUGACAUGCAGAUGAGCCUGUGAAGUUCGGACCAACAGGAGAUAAAAAUGCAUGAAUAUGUUUUUGUUUGUUCAGUCUGCAGUAUUGUGUUUCAGUUCAUGCCAUCAGUGAACUUAAGAUUUACGUUAAAGGUUUUUACAACAGUCAUGCAGUCACAAACAUACAAUACAACUUUUAUAAAGAUUUUUUUUUUUUGUAUUGAUGAAUGUAUUUUAAUAAUUAUUUGUUGUCCAUAUUUCUUUUAUAAAUAUACAGUGUAUUUUUAUGUGAAAAAUACUUACUUUUUAAUGGUCACUGUUAAAUGACAUUUUAAAUAUUAAGGGAAGAUGCUCCACUUCAAUGUGAAUUCACAUAUACAAGAAGGCAGUUUUUAAAUGUUUUAGUCUGGAGUUUUUUUGUUCACAGAAAAAAAUUCUGUACAUUUUUAAUGAUAAUGUACUGUUUUAGUUAUAUACCAUGUGUGUUAAAUGUGUGUUUCCUUUAUAUUUGUAUAGUUUGCAUAAAUAGUGAUUGUGUUUUAAAAGGGCUCUUCACAUAUAUGAAUUUACAGCCCUAAAUAUAAAAAGAUUUUAUACUUCAGACACUUUUAUUGAGGAUCUAGAUCCUGUAUUUUCUCUGGAAAUGACUGGGGCCAUUUGUUAUAUAAUUUGAUUGAUCUUUUUUAUAUUCCACGUUUGUUUUCGGAAUUGUAGUAUAAUCGGCAUCACAAUUUGCUAAUCAGAUUAUGGUAAUAUGUAUGUUUUUACUUUAUUUUAAGGAAUAUCUUUAAACAAGAUGUGAUUGUUAAAGAAAUGGGUACUAUUUUAUUGGUAUAUUAAAUAGAAAUUACUACAA